AUGAAUUCGAAGGAACUCUUGCGUGUGGAUAAAGAGAAAGACCUUGGUGUUUGCGUCAGUGCCAACUUCAAUUGGGAUGUUCACAUUCACACAAUCACGGGUAAGGCUAACAAGAUGCUCGGGCUGCAUAAACGAACUUGCCCUCUUUUGAGAGACCAAACAGUACGACGAACGCUGUAUCUCUCGCUUGUUAGAUCUCAGCUAUGUUACGCUAGUGAAGUCUGGUCUCCAGACAUUGCCAAACUCAAGUCUAGAGUCGAAAGCGUCCAAAGAAGAGCCACCGCGUGGAUACUACAAUCCAAGCAUGGCGAAAUGA